CCCCGCUCGCCCACCCCUACCCCCAAAGGCAAGGGAGAGUGCCAACUGCCUCUCCCUGCCACUGAGUGGUCCGUGGCUCGACCAACAUCACGGAAGAUGUCACCCACGCGGUGGGAGGGGCUUUCGCCCACGCACUGUCCCCUGUCGGCUCCAGAAGCCAGCACAUCUUCCCCUCCCCAGGCAGGAAGGGAAGUUCAGGAGAGCUGAGUGUCUCAGGGCAGGCAUGGUGCAGGCAGCAACAACCCCAGGUCAGGUCCCGGGCUGGGCAGGGCUAGAGGUCAGCGCUGGGACGGUCAGCGGCAACUCAGCAGUUCUCACCCAGCAUGUCCGACCCUCCACAGGGGCCCGACAUGCCGCGCCAUGAGGGAAGACAACCAGAGUCUCCCGGAGCAUCCCCCUGAGGACUUCAUCCUCCUGGGCAUCUCUGACCGCCCAUGGCUGGAGCUGCCCCUCUUCACGGUGCUCCUGGUGUCCUACAUCCUGGCCAUGCUGGGGAACAUCUCCAUCAUCCUGGUGACCCGGCUGGACCCCCGCCUCGGCAGCCCAAUGUACGUCUUCCUCGGCCACCUGUCCUUCCUGGACCUCUGCUACACCACCACCACAGUGCCGCAGAUGCUGGUCAACACGGGCACGGCCCAGAAGACCAUCAGCUUUGGCGGCUGCUCCGUGCAGUACGCCGUCUUCCACUGGCUGGGCUGCACAGAAUGCGUGGUACUGGCCGCCAUGGCCCUGGACCGCUAUGCCGCCAUCUGCCAGCCCCUGCGCUAUACCCUAAUCAUGCACGACAGGUUCUGCCGGCGCUUGGUGGCCCUGGCCUGGCUCAGCGGCUUCGGCAACUCCCUGGUGCAAGUGGUGCUGACAGCACAGCUGCCCUUCUGCGGCCGGCGUGAGCUGAACAACUUCUUCUGCGAGGUGCCGGCCAUGAUCAAGCUGUCCUGCGCCGACACAGCCGCGAACGAUGCCACGCUGGCAGUGCUGGUGGCCUUCUUCGUGCUGGUGCCCCUGGCCCUCAUCCUGCUGUCAUACAGCCUCAUCGCCCGCGCGGUGCUGAGAAUCCGAGCCUCCUCCAGCCGGCACAAGGCCCUGGGCACCUGCUCCUCCCACCUGGCUGUGGUGUCACUCUUCUACCUGCCUGCCAUCUACAUGUACCUGCAGCCCCCCUCCCGCUACUCACAGGAGCAGGCCAAGUUCAUCUCCCUCUUCUACUCCAUCAUCACCCCCACGCUCAACCCUUUCAUCUACACACUGAGAAACAGGGACGUGAAGGGCGCCCUUCAGAGGCUCCUGGAGCGGGCCUGCAGGCUGUGCAGGGUCUGAGCAUCACCCGCUGUGGCCCUGGACCUCGUGAGGAACACACAGGGUCCCAUGUGCCACAGCACCUGGUGCCGGGGAGUCCACAGGCAUGUCCAAAACCCCACCUGACACUACUCCUUCCAUGCGGUCACAGUGGCAAAGAGCUCCUGUCUAGAAAAGAGGUCGGGUCCUACGUUGCAUGCUGAGAGACCGGAUGUUCUUGGCAAUGCCCAGGAAGCGCCUGCUGAUGGAAGCCUGAUGCCCCGUUCUCUCCCCUUCCCUCUUUCCAGGCUUCUGCUUUUCUCCCACUUCUGUGUUUUCAAGCUUCUUUCUCCCUUUCCCAUUACUCCCAGGAUUACAGAGGGGGACACUGAAAAGUAAGCGUAUAACACACAGUGUUCUCAUGGAUAUCCAUCUCCAAGAGGUUCUACGACAUUCUAGAAUAUGCCCGAGGCACCAGGGAAGGAUGGCAGGGCUGGACAGCCCCACAGGGAGGCGCACACCCAUCACUGCCAGCACAGGCUGUCCUGGACCUGCCGCUGACCUCCUGACCCAGCACAGGGAAGUGCAAUGACACACUUGUCGUCUGCAACAGGCACCAUGAGCACAGGAUGCAGGACAUUCAGCCUGAAGCUAUGAGUUCCUACAAGGGUGGCAGAGUGCUGCAAAAGCGAAGCUGGAGACGGUCCAUUUAAACAAAUAGCAGGCAAGAGAAAAAUUAGAAACGUUUUAUAGUGAGAUGCAAUACUUGGAACAUUCUGUAUUCCUUUGGCGACACCCUGUGGACACCUGGGACCACUGCAGGCUGCCGCUGCUGCAGGGAACCUGUGGGACCCUGGAAAGACUUGGCAGGGAGAGCCCUAAACUAGACCCCUGUGCAACCUGUGCUGGAGCUGCACAGACCCCCAGACCUGCCACCACAGGGCAAGAGUCCAGCGACGCCCACGGGCUGCCUGCUAUAGCCAUCCUCACAGCGAGUUCCAGGGGCUUGGAGAAGGCAGCGUCUGUCACUGUGUGUUUAUGUUGUUUCUGUUCUCAAAAGUCUGGAUUCCAGCACAAAGGCACAAGGAAGAUGGGGAAAUGGGAGCAUGGCCCAAACACAGGAAAAAGAGAUUUCCCAGAUAUCAUAAAUAAAGGGAGAUUUAUGAAUUGUCUAACAAAGGUCUUAAAAUAGUCUUCAGUUCGUGAACAAAAUGAGGUUUUUUAAAAACAUACAGAAAAUAUAAAAAUGAACCAAAUAAGGUUAGAAACUAAGGAAUGCAAUUAUUUAAAUGAAAAAUUAAUUAGAGGGUCCAAAUGAAGACUGGAUCAAACAAAUGAAAUCCUUCACGAACCUGGAGCAAAAGAGACUUGAAGUCAGACAAUGAGAAGAACAAAGGUUACAUAUAAAGUGUAGGGCCAGGGGCACAGCUUUGGGCACAGCACAGGCCCCAAAACUGGCACAGAAAUGGAUGGAACUUCACAAAGUGCAGUGAAUCCCAGAAAGGCUGCAUCUGGACACAAUAAACGGAAAAACAUGGGAUUCGGCACAAUUCAGGAAAGGUACACUGACGACUUUCUGUACAGAAGCUGAAAUACAAAAGCUAUAACUCCAUGAUAUGGAAUGAAUAAGCAGCAGUAAAAGAUGUGAUUCAUGACAUCAAAAACAAACUGUGGGAAAAGAAUUAAAGUACAAAAUCGUGCAUACAAGCCAGUUUCUGUCCCCUUUGAAACAAAUUGGUAUCCAUGCGUCUGUGCCAUUCGCAGACUGCAAGCCCUCCCUGCAAAUUAGUGCCACACUCAGGCUGGUACUGGUGGAGGAACAGCCAGACCCCAGCCCUCACCAGUGCCUAGGCUGGGAAGCAAGAGCCAAACCCCACCACCCCAACCCAACCCAUCAGUAAACAACCAGCUGAUCCAGAGAAAUACAGGCUGCAAUGAUAGUACGUGACGUAAAACACAAUUUAAUGCUUGUAGUGUCCAGUGUUUCACUGAUUCAGCAGGUCUAAAGCCAGUAGUCUGUUCAUCUAAUCAGUAGGUGACAAUAUGCAAUGUAGCAUCUAUUGAGGACUCCUUCUGAAGGUGGUGGCCAUGGUUAAUUCCCUAUUAUUUUGUCCUGUGUCAUUUUCAUUGAUUUGAUUAGCUUUAUUCUGUUUUAUUUUGCUUGGCUUUAUUCUCUUUAAAAUAAAAAAUUUAAAUUAAAUAG